AUUCCAGCAUGUUCACACGUUCAGAGUGACCACGGAAGUUGAUGAUGUGUAUUUAUUGGAGACAACUGUACUGACGCCGAGAACAAGUCAACCGUCGUCUAUUCGUUCAUUUAGUGUUUUGGAGUUUCAGCUUCAAGUCACAUAAAUGCGACAGGGUGCUAAGUUGACCUAACUAGCGUUAGCUAACGUAGGAGUUGUAAAAGUUUGGUAACUGCGCUGAAUUUCCUCCGCCGGCAGAUUUCGGUAGGUGUCCGGUGUCAUGUUGACCGUGUUUUACCUCCUGUCCGCCGCCAGUCGGUUCUGUUAGCUGGGGUGGAUAUACAUGGGGAACCGUAUCACUAGAGGAUGGAGGGUUUAACCGGGGAUCAUCAUGGCUGCUGUGAUGGUGUGUCGUUACACCAGCGGCCGUUUCCUCGGAGGGUGGUUCCCGCUGUUGUGUGUCCUCCUCGGCUCUCUGGUGGUCGUCCUGAUGCCCCUGGUGGGGGUGGAGGACCAAUGCUGCGCCGCCCUGAAGGGCUUCGCUCAGCUCCGCUGCCAGCUGUGGGGAAUCUCUCAGCAGCCUCCAGCUGUGCAGUCAACCAGCCUCACUGUCCCCUUUACUGCCCUUGAUGUGUUGCCUCUGAGGUCCAAGCCAAGCAAAGAGAUGAAGCUGGAGGCCAAGGCGGCGCUGCAGUUGGCUCUGGAGAUGAAGAAACUGGGGAAGAGGGAGAAGGCUCACAAACUGCUGGUGCAUGCACUCAGCAUGAAUCCAGACUUUGUGGAUGCCCUAACGGAGCUGGGGACUAUUCUGGAGGAGGAGAAGGAUGUCGUCCAGGCAGACCACCUCUACACCAAGGCCUUGGCCAUCUCUCCAUGUAAUGAGAAAGCUCUGGUGAGCCGGGACCGAACUCUUCCCCUGGUGGAAGAGAUUGACCAGCGCUACUUUGGCAUCAUUGACAGUAAAGUGCGCCGGCUUAUGUCCAUUCCUAAAGGCAACUCUGCACUCCGCCGGGUGAUGGAGGAAACCUACUACCACCACAUCUACCACACGGUGGCCAUUGAAGGCAACACGCUCACUCUGUCUGAGAUCCGUCACAUCCUCGAGACGCGUUACGCCGUCCCUGGGAAGAGCCUGCAGGAGCAGAACGAGGCCAUCGGUGUGGAUGCAGCCAUGAAGUACAUCAACACCACGCUGUUGUCCAGAACAGGAACCAUGACCAUCAGUGACAUGCUGGAGAUUCACCGGCGGGUGCUCGGCUACGUGGACCCUGUGGAGGGAGGGAGGCUGCGCACCAACCAGGUAUUUGUGGGCCACCACAUCCCCCCACACCCUCGGGACCUGCAGAGACAUAUGCAGGAGCUGGUUCAGUGGCUUAACUCUGAGGAUGCCCUGCAAAUGCAUCCUGUGGAGUACGCAGCUCUCGCCCACUACAAACUGGUGUAUGUGCACCCAUUUGUAGACGGCAACGGACGCACAUCACGGCUGCUCAUGAAUCUUGUGCUCAUGCAAGCGCGAUACCCACCGAUCACUAUACGCAAAGAACAAAGGGCAGAGUAUUAUGCAGCUCUAGACACGGCUAAUGAGGGCGAUGUACGGCCCUUCAUUCGCUUCAUAGCUAAAUGUACAGAGAUGACAUUGGACACAUUGUUGAUUUCUACAACGGAGCACGCUGUUGGGCUGCCGGGAGCCAGCGAGGACCACGCCUGUUCCGACUGCAAACAGACUAUCCCCAUUCACAACUGAGCUAGAGACAAGAGGAGAAUCUAAAAACAAUCAUGUGUUGAAUUGUCUUUUGGCCAUAUCCCACCUUAUCACCCAGUUGCAUCAGUUUGGGUUCCAGCUGACUUCAUUGAAACUGCUCCAUGAUGUUUAAUUGAAAUCUGAUUUUGCUGUUUUAGGUUUAGGUCAAUGAAAAUAAACUUUGUUUGUAACCAUAUACCCAUAAGAGUGGUAAUGAAUUUCAAAUCCCAUCAGAAUACAAUCUGCAGUUUGACUACUGGUGAUGUGAGGAGGAAAGAAGGCUUUCUUAUCAUGUUGUUUGACUAGAGAAGCUUCAGUGCGAAUGUUUAGUGUUUGUGUGAACAUUUAGUGAAUUAUCUUUGGGAUAAUGAUGGUAUCCUAACACUGUAAAGCACUUUCAUGUAUUUGGUUAUUUAUUUUGAAAUGAGUGUUAUAUUAACUUUUAGUUAGUCUUUGUUUAUAAAAUGUUUCAGAAUGAACAAAGA